AUGCAAACCGAGAAGGAGGGAGACCAGAAAAUUGACGAGGGUUUGUACUCUCGACAGCUUUAUGUCCUCGGACAUGAGGCCAUGCGUCGAAUGGCCAACUCUAACGUCCUCGUCGUUGGGUUGAAAGGUCUUGGUGUGGAGAUAGCCAAAAACAUUGCCUUGGCCGGCGUCAAGGCGAUGGCAGUCUAUGACCCCGCCCCCGUUGAGCUGUCCGACUUAUCUGCCCAAUUCUUCCUAAGAAAGGAGGACGUUGGCAAGUCCCGAGCGGACGCCACUCAGCCGAGACUCGCCGAGCUUAACACAUACGUCCCCGUUAGCGUUCACACGGAGAACAUCACUAGUGACCUUCAGUCCCUGUCUAAAUACCAGGUCGUCGUUCUGACCGAAACCUCCAUCGAUGACCAACUGAAGAUCAAUCAAUUCUGUCGUGAGAACAAGAUUUACUUCAUCAGCGCCGACAUCCGUGGCUUGUUUGGAAGUAUAUUCUGCGAUUUCGGCGAAGGAUUCUCUGUUAUCGACGCCACAGGGGAGACCCCAGUCAGUGGAAUUAUAUCCGAUAUCGACGAGGAGGGACUUGUCACGGCAUUAGAUGAGACUAGGCACGGACUUGAAGAUGGCGACUAUGUCACAUUCUCCGAAGUUGAAGGUAUGGACGGGGUAAACGAUGGAACCCCAAGGAAAGUUGAAGUCAAGGGACCCUAUACCUUCUCUAUUGGCUCUGUUGAAGGCCUAGGUAAAUAUACCAAGGGUGGGCUGUUCCAGCAGGUUAAGAUGCCCAAGACUCUCAACUUCAAGCCCCUAGCGGAACAACUCGUGAAACCGGAAUUUCUGAUCUCCGACUUCGCCAAAUGGGAUCGUCCGAUCCAGCUACACAUUGGUUUCCAGGCCCUGUCCAAAUUUGCUUCCGCCAACGGAGGUCGACUUCCUCGGCCGAUGAAUGAUCAGGAUGCAAAGGAGGUCCUUGGGCUAGCGGCAGAAAUUGCUAAGACCAUCGAAGAGGGUGCGCCGGAGGAAAUUGAUGAGAAACUCCUCACCGAGCUUUCAUAUCAGGCUCAAGGUUACUUGUCGCCUAUGGCGGCCUUCUUUGGAGGCUUAGCUGCUCAGGAGGCUCUCAAGGCACUUUCUGGAAAGUUCUCGCCGGUAACGCAAUUCAUGUAUUUCGAUUCAUUAGAGAGCUUGCCGACGUCAACUAGUCGAACGGAAGAAUCUUGCCAGCCGAUUGGGUCUCGAUAUGAUGCUCAAAUCGCCGUCUUCGGGAAGGAAUUUCAAGAAAAGAUCCAAAAUACCAAGGAAUUCCUUGUCGGUGCCGGCGCCAUUGGUUGUGAAAUGCUCAAGAAUUGGGCCAUGAUCGGUCUUGCUACUGGGCCAAAUGGUAGCAUUCACGUUACCGACAUGGACUCCAUCGAGAGAAGCAACCUUAACAGACAGUUUCUUUUCAGGGCGCCGGACGUCGGGAAGCUCAAGAGCGAAUGUGCAGCUGCCGCAGUCGCUGUGAUGAACCCUGAAUUGAACGGCAAGAUCACGUCUAUGAGAGACCGUGUUGGUGAAGACACAGAAGAUACCUUCAAUGAGGACUUUUGGGAAGGCCUGGAUGGCGUUACCAAUGCCUUGGACAACGUAGAAGCUCGUGUCUAUGUUGACAGAAGAUGUGUCUUCUUCCGAAAGCCACUUCUUGAGAGUGGUACCCUUGGUACUAAGGGUAACACCCAAGUUGUCCUUCCUAAUCUCUCAGAGUCCUACUCUUCAUCCCAGGAUCCGCCCGAAAAGUCGUUCCCCAUGUGUACCGUCAAAUCUUUCCCGAACAGGAUUGAACAUACAAUCGCUUGGGGGCGCGAAGUCUUCGAUUCAGCUUUCGUUAACCCACCCCAGAGUGUUAACCUAUACCUCUCGCAACCAAGUUUCAUCGAGAGUACACUUAAACAGUCAGGAAAUCAAAAGGAAAUACUUGAAACUAUCCGAGACUAUCUAGCCAACGAUAAGCCAUUGACAUUUGAGGAGUGUAUCGAAUGGGGUAGGCUUAAAUUCGAGAAGCUCUACAACAAUGACAUCCAACAGCUACUCCACGUCUUCCCCAAGGAUUCCGUCACCAAUUCCGGAACCCCAUUCUGGUCCGGCCCCAAGCGUGCCCCUGAUCCGUUAGCUUUCGAUCUCGAUAACCAAGAACACCAGGAUUUCAUUAUUGCCGCCGCAAAUCUUCAUGCUUUUAACUACGGGCUUAAGGGCUCUGUAGAUCUUAACCUGUAUCGCAAGGUCCUAGACUCUAUGUUGAUUCCUGAUUUCAAACCCCAAACCGGCAUCAAAAUACAGGCGAACGACAGCGAUCCCGACCCAAAUGCUAGUGCCGGGCCUGGCUUCGCUGAUCAAGACGAGCUCUCCAAAAUUGUCGAGAGCUUGCCUGCCCCGGCUACUCUUGCUGGGUACCGCCUGACUCCUGCAGAAUUUGAGAAGGAUGAUGAUACCAAUUUCCACAUUGCAUUCAUCACCGCUGCUUCUAACUUGAGAGCUCUCAACUAUGGUAUUCAAGUUGCAGAUCGACACAAGACUAAGCUCAUCGCUGGUAAAAUCAUUCCAGCCAUCGCAACAACGACUGCGCUCGUUACCGGACUUGUAGUUCUCGAACUUUACAAGCUCAUCGAUGGCAAGGACAAGCUUGAUGACUACAGGAACGGAUUCAUCAAUCUGGCUUUGCCAUUCUUCGGUUUCUCAGAGCCGAUUGCAUCUCCAAAAGGCAAAUACAACGAUACGGAGGUCGACAAGCUCUGGGACAGAUUCGACUUUGACCAUAACCUCACGCUUAAGGAACUUCUUGCAGAGUUCGAAAACAAGGGAUUGGAUAUUACCAUGUUGAGCUACGGCAAUGCUUUGCUGUAUGCAUCUUUCUUCCCGGCUGCCAAGUUAAAAGAGCGAUAUCCAUUGAAGAUGUCGGAGCUCGUAGAACUUGUCAGCAAGAAACCAGUCCCUGCUGGUCGACGCAAUAUGAUUUUUGAGAUAUGCGCGGAUGACAAGAGCGGGGAAGAUGUUGAAGUCCCAUUCAUCUGUGUCAAGACCAAAGAUGCUUAA